AUGAAACUGAUCAACUCACUUUUUGCCCUCUUUGCCCUUGCUGCUGGCUACAAUCUUCGACCAAGAAAUGGACAAGUUCGUUACCAGGAAGAUGCCCUUGAAGUUGACGAUCACGGAAACCCAAUUUUGAGAGAUUACGACUCUGCUUUCGCUCCAGGUGCGACUACUGGUGAAGAGCACGACCCCAAUUGGGUGCCAACAAUGGAUGAUGUGGAACAGCUCAUCUACGAUCAGCAAGUCUCUGCUGAAGAAUCUGAAGAUUUUGAAGCUUCUGAGGAGAUUCAAGCUCCAGACAGCCGGGACUGGGAACCAGCUGCUGGCGAUAUCUUCAUCCAUGUCCGAGACUAA